AUGUCCACAACACUAGACCAACAAAAAGAGGCCGCAUACACCCUACUCUCCGGUAUGCUCACAAGCGUUCUACAAAAAGAGUGGAAAAUAACAGACCGCCAUUCGGCACAGUCGUCCGCCCUCCUCGACAUACUACUCCUCCCCAAGCCAGCCCCAGCCCCAACCCCAGCUCCCAUCGCCAUCCCCAUCCCACUCAAGAAACAAAGCAUCUUCCGCCUAGGCAACCGCACAUUCGACCUCGGCCCCGAACACGACUCCUCCGCCAGUUCCUCCGACGAUGAUGGUGACGCUCCGAUCCGGAAUGCGCGUCAGCUUAAGAGCGAGAUGCGUAGGGUUAAUGCGAUUCAGAGGCGUGCGAAGAGGAGGGCGGAGAGGGGGAGGAGGAGGAUUGAGAUGCAUAUUGGGAAGAUGGAGGGGGUGGUGGAGUUUGAGACGGAAACGAAGACUUUGGAGACUACGAAGAGGGGAGUGGAGACACCGGUGAGGAUGUUGAAGGAGCUGGAGGACUACAAUAGCCCUGCGAGGGGAAGUCUGUUUAGCGAUAAGCCCAUGUCGCCGCGAAGUGCUGGGUUCAGUUCGACGGCUAGCGAGGUCAACCGCGAGGUUGAGGGAUACGAUAGCGUUGACAGUCCCAUGUCAGAACCCGUACAGGCACCCAGGCGACUACAGCGCGCGGGGCCUCACAUCAAGUAUGUCAAGCCGGCAUCCAGCCAGCGAUGCGGCCCUGCUCAAAAGGAUUACCUAGGCCGACCACAACGCCACUGCAGCGACUGCGACCGUACGCUACUGGCCUCCCACUGGACAUGCCACGUCAAAGGCCGAAUGCAUCAGGACAAUGCAGCUCGGGACAAGCAAUCCCCUCCGGUGCAGGGCACCAAGACUAGACAAGAGUAUAUGCGCGGCUUGAAGCAGUAUUGCGUGUACUGUGACCGUCAGGUCCAUUCGAGGGGCUGGGGCGGCCAUUUGAAGGCGCGGGCGCAUUGGGAGAAUGUGGCCAAGGCGAAAGAGGAGGAAGAGAGUGUUCGGCUUCACGCCCCGACACCGGAGUCCGUUGUGCUGUCCGUGGAAGAGGAAGAGCAGAAAGAAGAAGAGGAGGAGGAGUAUGAAGAUGAUGGCUUUGGUGAGGAGGGAUACGAAUAUGGUCACUAUUGCGAUGACUGCGAGGUCACGUUCGCUGGUGCGAACUGGGCGCGGCAUUUGAAUUCGGCAGGCCAUGUAUUUAACGUUUUGCGGAACUCUCCGGGGGAUGAGAGUAUGGCUUCUGAUGAUGAGGAGGAGGAGGAAGAACAAGAGGAGGAAAGCAUGGCAGACUAUGAUUCUGCCACUGAUGGGGAGAGCAUCAUGUAUGAUGAUGCGACGGAUGAGGAUUCUGAGGCGUCGUCGCCCUCGCCAUCAUCUUCACCCUCGCUCUUGCCCUCGCCCUCGCCCGUAUCCAAUGAGGGAAUCACAUUCCCGCACGACGGGACACCAGUCGCCGACCUCGCUUCGCCCCCCUCCCUCACAUCUUCGCCCACCUCUCCCGCUUCCUCUGCCUGUGCUGAGUUUCGUUCAGAACAGGACUUCUACUGCGAGACCUGCAAUGUCACUAUCUUGUCUGCGGAUCCCUGGGAGAUUGAAGAGCAUGUGGCUGAUCACGCAUAUGCAGCCUGCGAGAAGGAAGAGGUGGUGGGGAUGGAUUGGUUGAGUCAGCUUAGGGAGGCUGCUGGGUUGGUGAAAGAUGUGGAGGAUACGGUGGAGAUGGAUGUGGUAGAGAAAGUGGAGCAAGGUGGCAUGGAAUGUGAAUACAAUGGGUGGGCAUGGAGAAUAGGGACGGAUGGUAAGGUGCUUGGGAGUAUACGGCGUAGUCCGUCUUGUUAG